AUGGCGCCCGCUGCAGCGUCUCUGACGCCAGGGUUUGCCAGCUUCCAAAAAGUCUUGUCGACAGAACCGCUCGACACUUCGACAACAUAUUUGGUUUCAUUGCUCAAGAGACGGCAAAUACGAGGCUCCAAACGCUGUGCAGUCGUCACAACACUCCUGCUACUCCGCACCGUGGAGGUAACCAAACAAGCCGAUUCAGUCAGGUUGAUCCAAAGAGUCACAGAAGUUGGCAAAAAGCUCAUCGAAGCUGCUCCGCACGAACCGGCCGUGGGCAACAUCGUCCGCAGAGUCUUGGGGAUAAUACGAGAAGAAGAUGAAGAUGACGCUGCAGGCACAAAAGGAGGAGACGAGUUAAGCUCGGCUGGUGGUGAUACUGAUCUCGAUUCGCCUACGCCCUUGGAAUCUAUACAUCCAAGAAACAUCUCACAUGCGAUCGUUAAUGGCGAUUCACCCAGCCCUUCACCUCAAAGAAUCUCUGCCAGUCCCCGCCCCCCGUUGCUCACUUCGCGCACAGGCGCCCCAGAAACUGCUCGCCCAGUGACAUCUAUGUUCAGCAUCAAUGCCCAUCCGACAAUGCGAAUGCUCGGCGGUGACUCGCCAUUAAGCCGCAGCGGUCAAGCUACUCCACAACUGCAUGCUUCGGGUACAUUUCAGUCAAGUAUCCGCCCCGAAGUGAUCAAAGGGAUCAAAGAGAUCAUAGAUGAAAUCAAUGCUGCCGAUGAUGAAAUCGCCACUGCCGCACUCGACCAGAUUCACCCGCAUGAGACCAUCUUCACAUAUUCCUCAUCAUUGACAGUUCAGCGCUUCCUUCUUCGAGCCGCUUCAAGGCGGAAGUUUACAGUUGUCCAUGCCGAAGCAUAUCCCAACAAUCACCUCAAGACACACGCUCUACUUACCGGGAAUCAAGAAGCUGUCGCAGAGGAUGAGGAUAAUCUCCCUAACGACACGUUCUCCAAGACGUUGACUUCAGCGGGCAUCACAGUGGUGAUGAUUCCCGACUCGGCAAUCUUCGCAGUUAUGUCUCGGGCAAGCAAGGUCAUCCUAGACGCUCACGCCGUUUUAGCGAAUGGAUCCAUAGUCGCCACGGCGGGAAGCAAAGCCGUCAUCAAAGCCGCUAAAUUCCACCGCAUUCCCAUCGUCGUCUUGGCGGCGACGUACAAACUCUCUCCAGUGUACCCAUACGAUCCCUUCAAAUUGAUCGAAUACGGUGAGGCGGGAAAGGUGGUGCCAUUUCAAGCGGGCGCGCUGCGUCAAGGACUAGAAGAAGCAGCGAGGAAUCCGCUAUAUGAUUUUGUUGAAGCAGGCGAUGUCGAUUUGUUCGUCACCAAUGAAGUGCCGGCUGUUGUUAGCACGGGAUACCUUUACCGCGUUGUGAGGGAACAGUAUCGAGAUGAAGACCUGCAGCUGUGA